CCUCUGCCGCCCCCUCUAUUUCUUCCAAGGACACUUUCUGUCCUUCUCUUGUAUAUAUUUACAUAUUCAAGUUAUCUAUGAUAUCAAAUUAUUACAAUUGAAAAGACUCAUAGCAUUACAGUUUGAUUCGAAGCUUCUAUCUACCUAAUUUAUUCCAAUGACACUGCAAGACCCCCCUGCCAGUUAUGGAACGAAUGGUGCCACACCACCUGUACUUCCAGUGGCAUCAUUCAAUAUUUCUAUCAUUUUUGAAUGGGCGUCUCUGCUACCACUGGCUAUAUAUCUUGCUCGUAGUCGGCUACCGCACCAGUUAGUAGGACAGGCUGCUUUGACUGGUAUCAUUGGCGUCGGCCUGUUUCCUCGCUUAGGCGUCUUAGGAACCAUUGCCGAUUUUCUUCAGCAAGACCAGGAGUUCCUUGAUCGUGCCUCGUCAGUUAGUCAGAUGCGCCGCACGGUUUGGGAUGUGAAUUGGGGUAGUAUCUUUCCCUGCGCCAACGGCGCGGCGGCAGCGAUGCUGGAUGCUCAUGUGCUUCGAAAUGUCAAAACACAGCUUGCGCCGGAACAAUUACCGAAACCUCCUUUACCUAAGGCGCCAUCUAAACCUUCCAGCAUCACCAGUUGUCAUGUUUCUCAUUCGAGCGGUAGUACGACCCCUAUAAACGAAAAGCCAGUCCAAGGUUUCCGUCGCUACCAAACGCUACACAUUCUUCAUUUUUCCGACUCGAUGACGUCUAAUCCAAGCCUUUUAAAGCAGAAAAUUGCCUCUUCUCAUUCUUGGGCGAUCUUUUUUGAAGCGCUAGGGUUGAUGCUAUUACUUGGUAUUAGCAUCAUCUGUAUCCUCUAUGGCUUGUAUGGAACUGCUGCUGCCGUUGUUCUCACUAUUCUGUUCAGAAUUUCCAGGCAGCUGAUAAAAGUUGAGCGGCCUGUUGGAUAUCUCCACAACAAUGAAGGGGAUCUUCCUGGAUGCAUGCUCAUGGCUCUUCAUGAAAACGCUUCGACGUGGUAUCUUUACGUUGGCUCUCGUGGCACUAUCGACGCAGUGCUGAAUAAGAGCAUGAUCCAAAGUAUCGGGUCGCCCUUGAACGGUUGGCUAGCGCAUGGUCUACGCGCUCUUGAAAUUCUACAGCUUAUUAUAAUGAGCUAUGCUGCCGCCCAAAAGGGCUGGGAUGGCAUUGCUUUGUUAUGCCUCAUUCUCGCUGCUUGGAUUUUCGACUGGUUACUCAACAACGACCAACGAAUAGCAGGACUAUGGCUUCAACGCGAGGGCAUUGCUGUGAAAGCGCAGAGUCUUAAAUUCGGAGGCCGGACGCCAAUAAUGGGCUUGGUCCAUGCUUUGAGUAACAAGCAAGCGACUUCCUGGAUGGAUGGAAUUAUUUCUCCCUCAAAUCGGCGUGCCGUGUGGCUGCAAAAAUUAGGAUCGCAAAACGUUGACCCAGAACUAGAGCAGAAGCUCAGCCAACGUGAUAAGGAAUGGAUCGCUUUAAACGAAAGGCUGACAUAUGCAGCAUUAGAAGCUACUAAAGACAUCGGAUUAGGCACGAAUACUGUUUAAAAAUAACUUGUACCAUCUUACCGAGUUAAGAGAGGUAUGCCGCCUGUGUCACCAUCUGAUGUUCCUAGGAUUCGGUCUUGCGUGAGGGAGGGACAUCCAAUACGGGCCCGGCAGAGAGAACAGAGAAGAGGCUUAAAUAUAUGUUUGUAGCCUAGCUAUUUAUACGAGAGUCGCAGAUCAAGUGGGAUAGCAAGAAGAUAGAGUCUUGGGUGUCGAAGGACGAAGAUACCGACGGUUUGCGCAUCCAGGUACAUCUGGUACCUACGGUACGUGUUUUACAGUGCUUAGGACCCCACAGUGCCAGGUGUGCUAUAUUGCCCCGUCCCCGGUCGGGAUGACCCAUGGAUGUAAUCAAUCCCAUACGAAUCGUACAUCAGAAGGAAAGUGCGAUAGUUAUAUUGUAAUUUGUAAGCAGAGGUAGUUAUGACAUAGUAUAUAAGCAAUAGUAUAAGCCAUAAUAAUAAUAUAUAAUAUAUAAGCCUUCAA